CUUUGGCUUUACAUAAUUCCCCUUCUUUACUCUUCACUCUCUCUCUCUCUCCAAAACCCUUUGAAAAACAGAGUAGCAGUUACACAACAAGCAAUAAACUACCACAUUUCUUUAUCUUCAUAAAAAAAGAUCAUCUCUUUUCCCAAUUAAUUCUCAAUCGCAAUCAUAAUCAUAUCGAAUCCUAAAAUCCAUCAUUUACCAAAUUUUACCCAGAUUUUUUUCUUUGUUAUAAGUAUGAAAUUAUUGUAAUGACAUCAUUCUUAUAAGAGUGUUUUCUGUAUAAAAAGUCUUAUCAAUUACCUCUUUACACCGUCUUACUCACGGUAUUGUCUAUGAAAAUAUUUUGACUUCUUCUUCUUACAAUUUCAUUAUUCCCCUCAUUCAUUUUUUCCUCCAUUUUUCUUCUUCAUUUUCUUGCAAAUCAAACAGGGCAUAAGCAAUCCACCAAAAGAUGAAAUUAAAUUCUGUUGUUGCUGGGGAGAAGAAUGGAAUAGAAGAAAUCAACGGUUUAAAAUAUGAAAAUAGUGGAAAUAAUAAAUCUGAUUGUUAUAUCGUUGACUUGGAGAAUAUCUGUAAUGGUGGUGUUAACUUAUUACAACAUUCUUCAACUACUACAAAUUCAAGAAUUACUUUGCAAAGAAGUGUUUCUAGGAAAGUCCCUCAACGUGGCGUAGAGAAGAAGGUUAUUGAUAGAGACACUACAAGCCUUGCUCUAUCUUCAUCUCCAAGAGAUGCUCAAGUUGUAAGCACACCAAUGAAGCCUAUAUCUCCUCCUACCAUGCCACUAGGAUCCCAAAAUCACAUCAUGACUACCCACCAACACAACCACUCAGUGCAGCAACAUCAGAUCACCAUCAAAACUGGCGGAAUCAGCACUAUAGCAGACGGAAGACUGGGUAGUAGAUCGAGUUUGAAGCGUUCAUCAUACACUUGGUUUUCUGACCCAAAAAGAAUCCUCCUUUUCUUCGCCUCCCUGUCAAGUAUGGGAACAAUGCUGCUCAUUUAUUUUACACUAGCCGUUAGUAAGGCUAAUGAUAAAGAUAACGUAUUAGAUUGGCAGUAAGUAAUCCAACACAACACACAAUGCGCUCAGAAACACAAUCAUACAGAAUGUAAGAUCAGAUACAAGAAAUGUACAGAAAUAUCAUCAAGUUGAAGAAAUACAGGAAAAAUAUCCUCUUGUCGGUUAUGCGUGCCACGUGGGAUUAGGGAGUUGGGCAACACAGAUGUAAUGCUGGGAGCAGUAGAGCAACACACCACAGAAAGGAAGAAUAUGUGGUCCUUGUAUUUCUUAUGGAUUGUGUAAUUUUGGUCCAUUGUUUCUUUCUUUCAUACAAAGAUGAGGUAGAGAAUAUUAGAAAGUUUUUUUAAUCCUUUUCUUUGACUGUUGUGAUUUGUGAUCAGCUCCUGAUUCCUCCAUUAUAGAGCAUCUCUCUUUUGCACUUUUUUAUAAAAGCAUAAAAAUCACUUUUGGGUUUCAUGUGAC